AUGAUCAAGCUCGUCUAUGUGAUCCAUCGCCGUUCCGAUGUCCCGGAGGCGGCGUUCUACGAGUACUGGCUGAACAAGCAUGGCCCGCUGGUGCGCAGCCAUGCGAAGAAACUUCGCGCAAAAAAAUAUGUGCAGAGCCAUUUGAUCGACACGCCGCACAAUGAGGUGCUGCGUAGCACUCGUGGGAUGCUGCCGCCGGUUGCGGGUAUCACUGAGGUGUGGUGGGACAGCUUGGAAGAUUUCGAGGCAGCCUAUGCCUCAGCUGAAGGGAGAGUCGCACACGGCGAGCUUGCAGCUGACGAGGAGAUAUUCAUUGAUAUCACGAAAUCGCAGGUCUUCCUGACGCAGGAGCACAUGAUCUUUGACUACACUGAUAAGAAGCCGCUGGGCGAGCAGUCAAUGAAAGUUACUUAUUUGCUGACGAAGCGCAACGACCUCACGCAGGCGGCGUGCCACGAGACCUGGCUGGACCCCCAUGGGCCGCUCGUGCGUUCUUUCGCGGACGUUUCGAACAUGGCCAAGUACGUUCAAAGCCAUGCAAUGGCAACGGAGAUUAAUGCCGGCAUGAUGACGGAGCGUGGGUUUGCGGCGCCACUGGAUGGGAUCACCGAAGUAUGGAUCGCCGACCCGGCCGCCAGUCAGGGCGGCGAUGAGGCACGCAAAGCCAGUGAGGCGCUGAUCAACGACGAACGGCGGUUCGUCGACAUGAGCAAGUCGUGCUGUUUCAUGACCAAGGAGCAUGUCAUUUUUGAUUAUACGUGA